AUGAAAACCAUUGCGACUUUACUUUUGGUUUGGUGUUACUUCACCCAUACAGUUAUCCAUUGUUCUGAGAUAAAAUACUUUCAAAGUAUUAAUUGUACACAUUUUACUUUUACCAAUAAAAGAAAUCAAAGUGAAAGUAUACUCUACUAUCGUCCGACAAUAGAAAGAUCAAUAAUAGGAACUUCGGAAGUUUUUAAUACAACAGAAAAUACAAUUACAGAGCCAGAACCAGAGCCGGAACCAUUAGAAAACGUACUUCUGACAAUAUCAAACGAUCGAAUUGUUGGAAUUUUCAAUACUGUCGCGGGUGGUAAUACCAAUCCGGCUAGUAUGGAUGGAAAUGAUGCCGGUAGUUACUAUCCAAAAGAAAGUCCAGAACAUGCCAUUGAUAAUAAUGUCUGGACUAAAUAUAAUAAUCAAGGCAAUGGACCUCAAUCACUUUCAUCUCCAACAAAAGGGGUUGGUACUGGAUUUAUAGUGACACCACAAUAUGGAUUAUCGAUCGUCACUAGUUUCCAGUUUGCAACAGGCAAUGACCGUCCUCAACGAGAUCCACUGACAAUUACUUUGGAAGGUACGAAUGUAACUAGUGAUGAUCAAUCUAUAGGAAAAAACUGGAAAUUGAUUUAUAUGGGAGAAACAGGGUUGAAAAUUGAUCCGGGACGAUCGAGCUUUGGAAAACGGCAAACAUUAAAUAACACCAUGGCUGCGAAAAGUUAUCGAUUAAUAGUAACAUCGCAAAGACUUCCUGAACACAGUGUUCAGUAUAGCGAAGCACAUCUCUAUGGAAAUGUCAUAAGAACUGAUAUAGUUCGUGAGUACAUAGUAAUGAAUGUUCAAUAUGACAUUGCUAAUGCAGUCCUAUUUAAUUCACAAAAGCCGACGUCAGUUUUAGAAAUUGAUGCUAUCAAUUAUAUGAGUACUCAACAAAAAAUGACCAAGUCAAGAACCAUUGCAACAACAAUAACAAAUACAUGGAGUUUUAGUUACGCACUUAAGGUGGGUGCUAAAAUAACCAUGACUGCUGGUAUACCUAGCGCUGCACAGACAAGUGUUGAGAUCAGUGUUGAACAUACAUUUGAAACACAAUAUGGCCAAUCAAUAAGUAAUGAGGAAACAUUUACAUCUGAAUUGGAACUGAUUGCACCACCUCGCUCAAAAGUACGCGCCACUUUGGGUUUAUUAGAUGGAGAAGCUGAUAUUAAAUUCACAUCAACAUUAACUACCAUAUAUGAAGACGGUAGCCAAUUGGUACAACAAGGUGCCUCAGGACUCUUCAGAAGUGUGUCUGUUCAUAAGAUGAUAGCGACAUACUAUGAACCUACGCCGAUUGAUAUUGAAAGCAAUAUUGGAUAG